GGGCGCGGCCGCCGAGCACUUCGUCGAGUGGGUCGAGCUGCAGCGCGCCUUCGGCGUGCGCUCUAUUCUGCUCUACUUAAGCAAGGCGCCCGCGCCCGUGAUGGCGGCGGUGGACCGAUACAUGGCGGAGGGGCUGGUAGUACUCGUGCCGUUCCAGCUGCCCCCCGCGCCGCCCGCGCGUCUCGUGCCGUCUGUGUCCGCUGCCAAGCGCCGGCUGCUCCCGCUUAACGACUGCAUGUACCGCGCUCUGCAGCAGGGCCACUCCGCGCCCGCUUCGGCCUGGCUCGGCGCACUUACCACCUCCGAAAUACUAGUACCUGUCAGGGACGGCACGUGGAUGCGGCUGACGGCGCGAGUGGCAGCCGCGGCUGCGGCAGGCGCGCCCGACGCGCUGCGCGUGCACAGCUUCUGGGUGCCGCGGCUCGCGCAACGCGACCUAGCGCACGUCGCCGGCGGCACGCGCAUGCUGGCACGCACGUGGCGCGCGGCCGAGCCGUCCAACGACAGCGCGCUGGAGCGGGUGCUCUUCAAUGCGGCGAGCGUCGUGGCCGCGCUGCCCUCGCGGCCGCUGUGGUGCCUGGCGCGGGACGGCGGCGCGCGCGCCUGCCGCAGCCGGCGCGUGGCGGCGCACGAGGCGCGCGUGCUGCGCUUCGACGGCGCCUGCGCGCGGCCGGCGCCCGACUGCCGGCGCCUGGUGCGCGACGACGCGCUGGCGCCGUGGCGGGAAGCCGUCGCCGCGCACGUGGGCCGGGUCGUCGACGGCCUCGGCGGCGAGGGCCUCCUCGUGCCCGAUGGCAGGAACUGA